AUGCCUGUCGAAGUUCAUCAUUCUCCUCCGCCCUUGCACCAGCCUGGUUCGGGCAACGUUCGACCCAAAGGCAUCUUGAAGAACCCCUCCUUCUCCUCUGCUACCGGCCGACCGGGGUCACCGAUCAAAGAAGACUUCCACUUCUCACCCACCACUCCCCUCGACCCCAAGGAGGAAAGAGAAAUAGUCCUUCAAAACACCCUCCAGAAUGCCGGCCCUCGACGCUCCUCAUCUUCUGCUCCAAGGGCCUCUGCCUCUCGUCGUCAUUCGUCCGUAAAUGCCAACGCCAAUGCCGCUCAGCCCGAAGAUGAACAAGAAAAGAUGCGCCUGAAGUGGGACGAAGCGAACUUGUAUCUUGCUGAGCAACAGUCGGGUGGCCGGAUGAAGAUCACCGAGCCCAAGACCCCCUAUCAAUACGGCGACGUCAUGGAAGACGAUGAUGAGGAGGAAGACGUGGCUAUCGACCCACGCUUUGUCAACGUCGACGAAGUUGAUCUUGCAAAGGGUAAACACAAGAAACACAGAGAAAGCGACAUUCCCGGUCUUGAAUUAGGAGAGCCGGAAGAAGAGUACAGUCCCACCGCCUUGACCGAGGAUGACAGGAUUGUGAGAGAGCAAAGUCUAUCAAGGGAGGGCAGCAAAGAGAAACAUGUUAGUGUCAGUGAAGGCAGCGACGACAGAGUUGCAGAACAAGUGGGCAUGCCGACCAGAGAAGACCAGGAGAAGCAUCGUCAGUUCGAAGAGCGCCGGAAGAGGCAUUAUGAGAUGAGGGAAAUCAAGAAUCUACUUGGGCAUCCUGAGGACUUGGACAUGGAGGAUGAAGAAGACCCCGUCCCAGCCGUGCUGCCUCGAGAUUUACCCGAGAGGUCAGUCAACGGGACAACUUAA